UCCGGGCUGUCCUGCUCCCAGGGCAGCAGGGUGGGGUUUGGCUCUGGUGGGACCAGCACUACCAGUAUCGGGGCAGUCCUGCUCUGGGAGUGACUGUGUUGGGUUUGGCUCCUGUGGGAUCAGAGCUGGCCUGCUCUGGGGGCGGCUCUGUUGGGUUUGGCUCCUGUGGGAUCAGAGCUGGCCUGCUCUGGGGGUGACUGUGUUGGGUUUGGCUCCUGUGGGAUCAGAGCUGAGAUGCUCUGGGGGAGGCCCUGUUGGGUUUGGCUCCUGUGGGAUCAGAGCUGACUUGCUCUGGGGGAGGCCCUGUUGGGUUUGGCUGGUUCUGCCGGUGCUGUGGGGGCCGGUGCUGCGGGGGCCUGGGUGCGACUGUUUUCACAGCCAUGACCUCAGCGCUCUUUGGAGACGCUUGGGUUCCCCUUGGCGGGGCAGGUGGGGCAGCCCGGGGGUGGCCAAGCCCAGCCCAGAGGGAGGAGAAAGAGGAGGAGGAGAGUCUGACAAAGUCCCCCCCGCACUGGGUCCUUGAGGCCAAGACAGAGCGAGCGAAGGUCCCCGCGGUGCUGACACGUCCCUCCCGCAGCUGCCAGCACCGGGGCGAUGCUGGCCAGGACGCACUGCCGGGGCGGCUGCCGGUGCUCGGGGUGCCCAUGAGGCCAGCGGGGCACGGGCGGCUGGGCAGUGGCGGCGCCGUCAGGGCGGCGGCGCAGGGACACGCUCACCAUGGAAUUCACCACCAUCGACUACACCAUCUUCGUGCUGCUGCUGGUGCUGUCGUCGGCCAUCGGGCUGUUCUACGCGCUGAGCGGCGACCGGCAGCGCACGGUGCAGGAGUUCCUGUUGGCCAACCGCGACAUGGGCUGCCUGCCUGUCGCCCUGUCCCUGCUGGCCACCUUCCAGUCGGCCGUGGCCAUCCUCGGUGUGCCCGCUGAGAUCUACCGCUUCGGCACCGAGUACUGGUUCCUCGGCUGCUCCUACUUCCUGGGGCUGCUCAUCCCAGCGCACGUCUUCAUCCCCGUCUUCUACCGCCUGCGCAUCACCAGCACCUACGAGUAUCUGGAGCUGCGCUUCAACAAGACGGUGCGAGUGCUCGGCACGGUCACCUUCAUCUUCCAGAUGGUCAUCUACAUGGGCGUGGUGCUCUACGCGCCCGCGCUGGCCCUCAAUGCAGUGACGGGCUUUGACCUCUGGAGCGCAGUACUGACCAUGGGGCUGGUCUGCACCCUCUACACUACGCUGGGCGGGCUGAAGGCUGUCAUCUGGACAGACGUGUUCCAGACGCUGGUGAUGCUGGCAGGCCAGCUGGCUGUCAUCGUGGUGGGCGCGCAGCGCGUGGGCGGCAUGGCCCGCGUCUGGCACGUGGCCGAGCAGGAGGGCAAGAUCUCCGGCAUCGACCUGGACCCCAAUCCCUUGGAGCGCCACACCUUCUGGACCCUGGCCGUGGGGGGGGUGUUCAUGAUGCUGUCGCUGUACGGGGUGAACCAGGCGCAGGUGCAGCGCUACCUCAGCGCCCGCAGCGAGCGGGAGGCCAAGCUCUCCUGCUACGCCGUGUUCCCCUGCCAGCAGAUCGUGCUCUGCCUCAGCUGCCUCACAGGCCUCGUCAUGUUCGUCUAUGACCGGGAGCACCCGCUGACCCCACGCCCCGGGUCCUCUGACCAGCUGGUGCUGUUCUUCGUGAUGGACGUGCUGCGGGACCUGCCAGGGCUGCCCGGGCUCUUCGUCGCCUGCCUCUUCAGCGGCUGCCUCAGCACCAUCUCCUCCGCCUUCAACUCACUGGCCACGGUGACCAUGGAGGACCUGGUGCGCCCGCACUUCCCGGGGCUGUCGGAGUCACGAGCCACGCUGCUCUCCAAGCUGAUGGCUCUCGGUUACGGGCUGCUGUGCCUGGGCAUGGCGUACGUGUCCUCCAUGCUGGGACCUGUGCUGCAGGCGGCCAUCAGCAUCUUCGGCAUGGUGGGGGGACCCCUCCUGGGACUCUUCUGCCUUGGCAUGUUCUUCCCCUGCGCCAACCCCACGGGAGCUGCCGUGGGGCUGGUGGCUGGGCUGGCCAUGGCCGGCUGGGUGGGCAUCGGCAGCAUCGUGAGCAGCAUGGGGCAGGCUGGGGCGGCCUCCCCCACCAACAGCACAGCACUGCCCACUGUGGGCAACCUCACCACCAUCCUGGCUACCACCCUGCUGCCCCCCACGCUGACCCCAAGCCCCACAGGGCUGCAGCGAUUCUACAGCCUGUCCUACAUGUGGUACAGCGCCCACAACUCCACCACGGUCAUCGUGGUGGGGGUCCUUGUCAGCCUGCUCACUGGCCCCACACCAGCAGCGGCCCUGGACCCCCGCACCAUCUCCCCUGUGGUGCCCCGGCUGCUCUGCUGCCUGUCCCCCAAAAUCCGGCAGCGGCUCUGCUGUGGCGGGGAAGACCCUGCCCAGACCACUGGCCAUGCAGACACUACAGAGAAGAGCAACGGGGUGCCCAACGGCCUGGGCCCCCCCGGCUUUGGGCAUCAGGAGGAGGAGGAGGAAGGACAGGGGUACAUCCGCAGUGCCGUGGCCCCCACCUAUGCUGUGCAGGAAACCUCCUUCUGAGCACCCCGGCGUGGGGGUCUUGGCCACCCCCGGCCAGGGGGCUCAAAGCCCCAGUGGGGCACCCACAGACAGUCAGGGAGUGCCAAAUAAUGGGGUGUGGCGUCCCUGGGAGGGGGCUGGUGGGCUGCCCUCCAGGGGG